CACAGUUCAAUAUGGCUGACGAUGGUGGGGGUUGUUUGUUUCGUGAAUUUCACUUAUUUUGUAUUUUUAAGACUGUGCCAACAUGCCUGAAAAUAAUUGUGUAACUGGACAUAACUUUAGUGGGAGAAGAUGUCGGGGUCGAGUAAAAAUGCAGGAAGAAGGAUGAGUUCGCAGAAGAAUUUAAACAAAAGUCUUGGAGAUGUAACUUUGAACGAUUAUGCAAAUUCACCCAUCUCCAAUGGAAAAGGACGACUGAGAAAGGCUGCAUCUAACAGUGUAGUUCGUGAAGUAAAACAGCUAACCACAGAAACAGAUAAUAGGGCUUGGUAUGAGAAAUUAGAAGACUAUGAAGGAGAUUUUGAAUUUGUUGAAGAUGAUGAGGAUGGCGAGAAAGCAGUGAUUGUGAAGAGGCAUUCACGUCGCCGUAGGAAGACUGCAAGUGAGGGUGGUGAUGAUGAUGGAGUGGAAUAUCCUCUAGACAUUUGGUACCUUAUAUCUGAAUACAUUCGUCCUGAGGAUGUGUCAACAUUUGCUCGCAUAUGCAAGAGUGCUCUGCAUGUUGUUAGUACGGCAAAAUUUUGGUUUCGUCUGUAUAGAAGGCAUUACAAGACAACACCAAAUUUGCCAGAACGCCUGCAGCCUGAAUGUAUGGUGCGUUUAUAUGGGCUACGUGCAUGUGUGAUCCGAGCACUGCAUUACACAUACCCUCCAUUUGUGAAUAAACUGAAGGCUGUCACAACAUUUGAAGGAGAACCACACGACUUGAUCAAGCGGCAGUGUACCCUCAUGUGGCACCAGAAAUGCCUAUUCCAUUGGCAGUUUUUCUUCAAGUUUAAACAGAGCAGUCUAGUGUUGGGACGAGGAACGGGAAGAAGGGCUCAAAAGCCUGAUCUACUUGAGAUGUUGGAAGAUGUUUCAGCUAAUCAGGAUGAAGGCUGCAAAGUUUUACAGGUGACAUGCUUGAACUAUGUUGCAAUACCAAUGGUGAUGGGUCUGUCUCUCUGUUCUGUGUCACUCACUAUGUCGCAAGGAAUGCGACACUACAGGCUACAGAUGUCCUUUGGAUCAGGCCACAUGUGCUAUACGGUUGGUAAACCAAACAUUUCAUCUCUGGACUGCAGCACUGUCGUACUUGACCCUGUAGUUAAUAUACGCGUCCUUGAUUGGUGGCAUCCCAUGUAUCCCCAUGCUUCUGUCACCACCUUCAGUCCAAAGGACGGGGAUUAGAUAUGGAAGGAUUAGUUCAAAAACAAUUAUCCAUGUUUAAUCUCUCAUGGUAAUUCCUGUGAGACAGUGAAUUGAUCUGUAAUUAGUGAUAUUAAUACUAAACUUUGAUGCCACAGAAGAAAGAUAUGUCCUGUGCUGUGGUAGUUCACUGUUUUUUUUUUUGUGGUUAUGGUAUUUUGUCAAACAUAAAUUUAAAUAUGUGACAAUAUUAAUUCAUGAUUAAUUCAAAAUUUGCUUAUUUUUUCUCAUCAGAACUUCAAAAAACAAACAUGUCAAUGCUUUCAGAGUGAUUAUGUAUGCCUGUAUUGUUUUUGUGUAUGAUGAAGAAGCUGAUAAACCUCUUUAAGAGAUCUAGUGUUCAUCUUGUGCCUGAAACCACUGUAGUUACACUGAAUCAGAAUUUGAUUAUAAAUAUAAUUUUUUCACUUAUUAUUUAA